CAUCUGUCCUGUGAGCAGUUGUUUAUUGUCCAUCUGCACACCCCGGAGCCUCCAGGCUGCAGGAAUGACUGCAGAGAAGAUGCGGGCAGCGGGGCUCCGGUUGGCCACCGCACUGGUUCUACUUUCCGCAGCAGCGUGCAGGACACGGGCCGAGGUGAUCGACGAUGUCCUGGGGAGCCUCUCCCGCGGUGUGUCCUUCCUGGAGCGACAACACGACCACAUCAACCUGGACGGUGCAGUGGGCUUCGUCAUGCUGCAGGCUGAGCUGAAGGAAGCGGUUCGGACGUGGCCUCACACCGACCCAGUCAGCUGGGCUCAGAGGACCACCACCGUCGCUCUGCUCAAACGUCUUGACCUGAGUCUGGACAAGGCUGUCGCUGCCCUGAAGCAGAACGACCCCAAAUACUACCGAGAGUUCGAGCCUCUGCUGACUUGGACAUUCUGGCUGAUUCCUCAGGGGUGGCACUCCACAGAUCCCAGUCUGGUUUACCCCUCUACCAUAACCACCGAGUGUUAUGAUGAGCAGCUCAGCGACAAGUGUCUGACGCUUCUGCUGGGAACCUGGAAAAUGAACGGGACACCUUGUAUCGUCACCAAACCCUGCCGGGACACCAUGACUCGUUUUGGUUGUCCACAUUACUCUCUGUCUCACCAGCUGCUCUACUUUAUGAUCGGCAGAAUGAGAGGCUGCAACAACCUGUUGAAAGGCGACAUGCGUGCAUCCAGAGUCAACAUGACUGAACAGAACUAUCAGGAGAUCUUCUGCUCAAACAUGAUGAAAGCCAACCAGGACAUCGUUAGAGAUGGCUUGACUGAGCAGACAGCUGACAUCUUUAUUGAGAACAUCCUGAUUUGUGGAUUGUCUGGUUUCUCUGACUUUCACAAAGCUGACUGGCUGCAGCACAUCCUCAGGAUGCAGGACCUGGAAGUCGGCUGCUUUGGGAGAGACCAGAGCAUCAUCUCACAGAUUAUUGGAGACGAGCUCCUGGAACAGCUACAGCCUCACAGGAGAGUGAAGAGGAGGGAGAAGAUCCUUACAGACGGUUGCUCCAGUCACAUGACAGCGGUGGCGGUUGGUGCUCUGGGAGGAUACCUGAACUUUUACCUGACAGAACAGGACAUAACGAAGAGGCCGCUGUCCUGAACCACAGCACCUUGCCCAACAAAACACAUUUUAUGGAUAUAUCGGUAAAAUCCAUGCAAAAAUCUUUUCUGCCAAAGUUGGGAAAAACCUUUUAAGAUUAAUAUUAUCGACAUUUUAAACUAAGGCUUAAAAAAUAACGGUAAAAAACUA